CCCUUUAUUCCUCUUACUGUUACCUGUUUUCACAAACUAACAUGUGUCAUCAGUUCAUCCCUGUUAUUUGCCACAGGCGCAGACCGUGGCAUUCUCCCAGAAACGUACGCAACUUGGACAACCUGCGCUCUCUGAAUGCGGCCUCUGCAGGUUCCAUCUCAUUCUCAGUCGGGCUUUGGAACUGCCAAUCUGCUGUCAACAAGGCAGAUUUCAUUUCUGCAUUCGCAACCCACUCCAAUCUCAGCGUGCUGGCUCUGACUGAGACCUGGAUCCAUGCUGAGAACACUGCCACACCCGCUGCCCUGGCCUCCGACUUCAACUUCUCCCAUACCUCACGCCCCAACAGGCGAGGGGGUGGUACAGGUUUGCUUCUCUCCAAAACAUGGAAAUUUACCUGGCUUUCUCCGUCUUGCUCAUACACGUCCUUUGAAUUUCAUGCUGUUACAGUCACUGACCCUGCCAAAAUGCACUUUCUUGUUGUUUACCGUGCUCCAGGUCAACUGGGGAAGUUCAUCUAUGAAUUUGACACGCUACUGUCCAGCAUCCCAGAUGAUGGAACUCCUCUUCUAGUCCUUGGUGAUUUCAACAUUCAUCUAGACAAGCCACAUGCAGCUGACUUUCUUGCUCUCCUUCCCACAUUUGACCUCAAGCAGUUCAUCACACCAGCAACCCACAAAGCCGAACAACCUCCUGGACACCAAGCAGUCAGGCUUCAAGAGCAACCACUCCACAGAGACUGCUCUGCUUUCCGUCACUGAAGCCUUACGACUAGCAAGAGCAACCUCUAGAUCAUCUGUCCUCAUCCUACUUGACCUCUCUGCUGCUUUCCACACUGUGAACCAUCAGAUCCUCCUGUCAACUCUCUCCAGCCUGGGCAUCACUGGAACGGUUCUGCGCUGGGUGGAAUCCUAUCUCUCUGACAGAUCCUUCAAGGUAUCAUGGAGGGGAGGUAUUUCUGAAACUCAGCAACUCGCAACUGGCAUUCCACAAGGGUCAGUUCAGGAUCCACUCCUCUUUUCUAUCUACACCACAUCUCUAGGGCAGGUGAUUGAGUCUCAUGGCUUCUCAUAUCAUUGCUAUGCUGAUGACACCCAGCUCCAUUUGUCCUUCCAGCCUGACGAUCCAUCCGUUUCUGCACGCAUCUCUGCU